AAAGAGAUUCUGGUAAAGGCAGCCGCCUAUUCUCUACUCUUUUUUACUUGCCUGCACUUCGAACUUGCUGUUUCUGAUUCAUUCCUUCUUCCCCUCCCAGCCAUUUCCAGAAGCUCGGAACCACUUGGACUUCCCUCUCCCCCAGCCUAGGGUUUUCCGCUUUCCGUUUUUUUUCAAUGGAUUCCUCGUGAUUGUUUUUCGCCCAGUUUUCCGCAAUGGCGGCGGCCACUUCCGGAGGUUUCACGGCUCACACUGCUCAGCUAGAUUUCGAACUCGGCCGACACCUCAUCGGCAUUUCUCCGUUCGUCGAUGGCAGCUCCAUGAGGAAGGCGGCGAAGAAGAAGAGCAGCAGAGUCUGCGUACAAGCAGCAGCUGGCUACCGGCGGCCUCCUCCGGUUAGCACAGUCUCCUGUUGCUGCUCUGACUCGGUCGGUCCGAUUCGGCGGAGGGCCACCGGCUCACGUAGCGGCGGGCACACAGCCGAGGAGAAUUGUCCUCGCAAGCUGAGGAUCAGAGCUACAAGUCCCGCAUUGCUGUUCGCUUCCCCUCAGUCUCGCUUCGUCUACAAGCAAGAGAAGUUUUAUCCUCGUUGUACCCCCAAAAACUCUGGCCCGCAGUCUAGAGAUACUCCGCCACAAAGAGAUACUGGGAUUGCAAAUGAGAAAGACUGGGGGAUCAACCUAAAAAACGAAAUUGUUAAUGAAUCUGGGACUAAUGAAGAUGGCAGUACUUGGUACCGGGAAAGUGGGGAAGACUUGGGAGAAAAGGGUUACAGAUGUAGAUGGACGACCAUGGGAGGCAAAUCACAGGAUGGUUCAUCACAAUGGAAAGAAACGUGGUGGGAGAAAAGUGAUUGGACUGGUUAUAAGGAGCUUGGUGUGGAGAAAUCAGGAAAGAACGUUGAAGGGGAUUCUUGGUGGGAAACAUGGCAAGAGGUGCAUCACCAAGAUGAAUGGAGUAAUUUGGCGAGAAUAGAGAGGAGCGCACAGAAGCAAGCUAAAUCAGGCACUGGAAAUGCUGGAUGGUUUGAGAAAUGGUGGGAGAAAUAUGAUGCUAAGGGGUGGGCUGAGAAAGGAGCUCACAAAUAUGGUAGACUGAAUGAGCAGUCAUGGUGGGAGAAGUGGGGAGAACAUUACGACGGAAGAGGAUCCGUUCUCAAAUGGACAGAUAAAUGGGCCGAGACUGAACUGGGAACUAGGUGGGGAGACAAGUGGGAGGAGAAGUUCUUUGCUGGUAUAGGCGCACGGCAAGGAGAAACUUGGCAUGUUUCCCCAAAUGAAGAACGGUGGACAAGGACAUGGGGGGAGGAACACUUUGGAAAUAGCAAAGUUCACAAGUACGGAAGAAGCACCACGGGUGAGUCCUGGGACAUUGUUGUAGAUGAGGAGACCUAUUGCGAGGCUGAACCUCACUAUGGAUGGGCCGACGUGGUGGGCGACUCUUCCCAGCUACUGUCGAUACAGCCUCGAGAUCGACCACCUGGUGUUUACCCAGAGCUCGAUUUCGGACCUUCUUCUUCUUCGUCGUCUUCUUCUUAUUCAUCACCUCCAAGACCAGGUGAUUCACCAGACGUUCCUCCUCUUCCUCCUUCAUCACAGUGAACCCAGCGCCCGAUAUUUUCCUUCCUUUUUGAUUCGAUCUAUGAUCCGGUUUUCUUUAUUUGUCUCUUCUUUCUUCUUCUGCUGUCGCUCAUUGUUAGCCUGGACAUUUUUCUGUGUAAGAUAGGAACAUUUUUAUACAGAACUCCAGCUUAGGUUCCAUUUAUUUAUUCUUUGGAUGACAAGAUGGCAUCCUCUGUUGGCCUCUUUCCCUCCCUUCCCCCCUCUUCUUAGCUCUCGUUGGUUCGUUACAAGUUAGGUACAUUUGCUUCGUUCCAUAAAUCUUAAUUGCAAGC